CAUAUAUGCGCAUAGGCUCUCAAACUUGUUGAUAGACACACGUAUUCUUUGAGAGAUUACUCUAAUCUUAGCCUGUUUUAAGUUGCAUAACAAGAGUGCGAGUGUGGUCUUUAGUUCCUAUGAUCCAUAGAGCAAGUCAACUGUUCUAUGCGACCUCUCAAUCUGUUAACUUUCUUCACUUCCAGCCCCAUGAGUUUGUUGGAACAAUUUGAUCCAUGUUCCUUGUCAUCUAUAGAAGAAGAUCUAUUGAUUAAGAAGAUUCUCCAAACCCAUGAUCCUGAUCCUGAUGGUCGUGAGCUAGAUUCUAGUCAAUUGCUUCUUGUCAUUGAGAGCACCAUGCAUUUCAUAUCACCUAAGUUCUCUUAUCCUCGAAGCGAUUGUAUAAAUUCAUGGAAUUUCGAAGUGUUUGGAUUAGAAGGAAAGCUUGGAUACACCGUUAAUAAGAUCUCACAUGAGAUUCUCUGCAAAUGCUAUGAGGAUGGAGACUUACAUGCAGAAACUAUGAUGUUGUUUGAAACUUUAGGCCCUUUCAAAUGGGAUGCUAAAGUAGUUUUAACACUUGCAGCAUUGGUGUCAAAAUAUGGCGAGUUUUGUCUCAUAAUGCUGCUAGUCCAUCACAACUCUCUGGCAGCUUUAACUGCAGCACUUAAGCAAAUGCCUCGAGAAUUAAACAUGUUAAAUAUACAAUUUAAAGCUUUGAACUUGUUGUUCAAUACUAUGAUAGAGGCAGCAAAUCUUGUCCUCGAGUUUGAAGGCCUGCCUUUGCAACAACAACUUUUGGAUGAUGAGGCAAUCGUUGUUACAAAGUCAAAGAUGUACAUAACAAUCUACUGGAUUUUAAGAAGCUCAAUCUCAUGCGCUCCUCUGAUUGCAGAUUUCAGAACCAUGAAAGAUAACCAAGUGCAUGUUUUUUCCCUUCAUUUACCUCUUCAGUAGUAUAUAAUAUCUCAUAAUUUGGAAGUAUCUUUCUCUUCACCAGUAAAUAAAUUGACUCGAAAAAUUUCUAACUCCAGGCAUUCAAAUUCAACAACCAUUGCAGCAUGGACUGUAUUCAGCUUGGUAUACAAGCUAAGUGGCUUAUGCAAUGACCUCAGAGAGAAAUUACAUAUGUGCCAUAUGCAAAUAGAUAGAAGGUUUCCUGAAAAGAUAGGCGAUCUUUUUAAACUCUCCCAUUGUCACAAUCAAGAGGUGCUUCAUGUGUUAUUCUCAUCGACAAAUGACUUACCAUUGAAAGAUGGUUCACGAGAAAAGUAUUUUGGCAUCCAAGAACUGGAAAACAAGGUGGUCAUACUCUUGAUCUCAAAGCCAGAACUCUUUGCUGUGGAGAAAAUAUUUUAUCUAGUGCAACAAAUGCAUGAUCAUCCCUUACGAAAAAAAUUUGGAGGAAGCUAUGCAAUUUUAUGGGUCCCAAUUCCAUCUUCACACGCCUGGAAUUUGACUGAUGAGAUGAAUUUCAAGUUUCUGUCAAAUUCACUGCCCUGGUUCUCAAUCCGACACCCGUGGUUACUACAUUCAGCUGUUAUAAACUUUAUUAGAAAAGAAUGGAGCUAUAAAGAGGAACCCCUAAUGGUGGUAUUAAGCACUGAUGGUGUUGUCACAAACUUAAAUGCUAUUGAUAUGGUAUGGCUAUGGGGGGCCAAAGCAUUUCCUUUUUCAGCCUCAAGAGAAAAAGAGCUGUGGGAACAGGAAAACAGGAUCUUGCAGCUUUUAAUUGAUGGGAUUGACCCUUUAUUGACCAAUUUGGUAGAUGAAGGUAAACAUUUUUGCUUUUAUGGAAGUGACAAGAUUAGUUGGAUCAGAGACUUUAACAACAUAUUACAGAAAAUCAAAAAUAACAUGGGAAUUCAGCUUGAAGCUAUUUAUGUUGGCUAUAGAAAUCCACAUAAAGAUGUUGGGAAUAUUUUAGACAUCAGCGUCGAAGAAAAUUCGAGUAUUUUCCUAUCUACGACGAAGAUGAAGUUGUUCUGGCUUAGACUGGAGACCAUAAAAAAUUCAGUUGCUAGACAAGAACAGGCAGCUCACUAUAACAGCAUCAUACAACCGUUACUCGAUGCUUGUGAAACCUCCUCUGAUUGGAUGAUAAUUGGAAAGGGAUCAUCAACUGAUAUAAUAAUCCUCAAGGGGAGAGAAGUCCAAGAAUGCUUAAAUCUUUUUCCAGAAUGGGCAGAAAAUGUCGCGAAAUUGGGGUUAUUUGGUGCUAUUCGAUGUGCCAUGGGAUCUCCUCUGCCUGUUAAACCCUGCUAUCACAAUGAGAUCCUUCAAUCUGAAGAAGGAUUGACUGAAGAAUUUUUAUUUUGCUCCCGCUGUAACCGUCCUGUGGAAAAGUUCGUUGUCUAUCAGUGUAUUGUAACAGAGUCAGUAGAAUAGUAGGCCAAGAUUGAUUAGCUUUGAAAUAAUAUAUGAUUUUCAUAGAGAGGUAAAAGAGUUUGCUUAUAUUUGCACAACUCAUUGUAACUAGGCAUUCUGAUGAGUGAUCAGCACUAUCACCUUUAACAUCAAAUUUCAGAAACAAAUGUAAUGCAGUACACAUGCAUGUUUUGUAUUUCUGAUGAUAUUGUUUCAAUAAUAUGCUGAAACAAA